GGAGGAAUAGUGCCCCAUCGUUGGUGUCAGUGGGGAGGAGGAAUAGUGCCCCAUCGUUGGUGUCAGUGGGGAGGAGGAAUAGUGCCCCAUCGUUGGUGUCAGUGGGGAGGAGGAAUAGUGCCCCAUCGUUGGUGUCAGUGGGGAGGAGGAAUAGUGCCCCAUCGUUGGUGUCAGGGAGGAGGAAUAGUGCCCCAUCGUUGGUGUCAGUGGGGAGGAGGAAUAGUGCCCCAUCGUUGGUGUCAGUGGGGAGGAGGAAUAGUGCCCCAUCGUUGGUGUCAGUGGGGAGGAGGAAUAGUGCCCCAUCGU